GAGAGAGAGAGAGGAAGAGGAGGAUGAGAGGAAAUUCAUGGCGAUGUGGUGGAUCAACACUCCAUCUACUGGUCAGAGGACUCGGUAAGAGUGAGAUGGACACGGCAGCUAUAAAAGACAUACGAAUCCUUUGAUCCACAGUGUAUGCAAUCGUUGGAGUAGAAUGGGAGCCGCAAGCUCGACGGAAUCCAGCAGCAGGGAUGCGAGGGACUACCCGGAGCAGCCCUACAGCACCACCAGCUUCUCCCGUGGAUGGUCUUCCUAUCCUCCUCCUCCUCCUCCUCCUCCAUCACAAAGCUACGAUUCCCCACCCGUGGCCUACCCUGCGUCUCGCUCCUACUACCCGCCGCCGCCGCCGCCGAGCUAUGACUUCAUUUCCGGUCAAACAGGGACGAGUUCUUCGCAAGCCACAGGACGACAGCCGAAGGCGGAAGCCAAGUACUCGAGAAUAGCCGACGACUACAGUUCCUUGGAGCAGGUAACUGAGGCCCUGUCACGAGCUGGCCUCGAAUCCUCGAAUCUUAUCGUAGGCAUUGACUUCACCAAGAGCAACGAGUGGACAGGUAAACUCUCGUUCCACGGCCGCAGCUUGCACUCCAUCGGUGCCGCCACAAACCCCUACGAACAAGCCAUCUCCAUCAUCGGACGGACCUUGUCGGCCUUCGACGAGGACAACAUGAUCCCCUGUUUUGGAUUUGGAGAUGCAACCACCCAUGACGGAGAUGUCUUCAGCUUCUAUCCGGGGGAGAGACCUUGCAAUGGAUUUGAGGAAGCUUUAGAACGGUAUCGAGAGAUCACCCCGCAUCUGAGAUUAUCUGGGCCAACAUCUUUUGCUCCAAUGAUUGAGAUGGCUGUGACCAUCGUGGAGCAGAGCGGGGGUCAAUACCAUGUUCUACUAAUAAUCGCAGACGGACAGGUGACAAGAAGCGUGGAUACUGAUCUUGGCCGAUUGAGCCCCCAAGAACAGAGGACAGUUGAUGCCAUCGUCAAAGCUAGUGAGUGCCCCUUGUCCAUCAUCCUGGUGGGGGUUGGAGAUGGACCCUGGGACAUGAUGAAGGAAUUCGAUGACAACAUUCCUGCUAGAUCUUUCGACAAUUUCCAGUUUGUGAAUUUUACGUCGAUCAUGGAGAAGGGAACGCAAAAAAGCCGAAAAGAAACAGAGUUUGCUCUUGCUGCACUCAUGGAAAUACCUUCACAGUACAGAGCAACAAUCGAUCUUGGCAUCUUAGGGAGGCAUAGUGGAACGUCUCCAAGAAGAGUGCCUCUUCCACCUCCGACCGGUAGUUCUCCUGCAGCUUUUCCUGGCCCAAAAGCUUCUGGAUCAGCUGGUCCUAAGCACAGUUCAUCGUCUUAUCCUCAUCAUAGAACAACAACUACACCAACUGCAACAGCACCUGUGGAAACUCAGGCUUGCCCAGUUUGUCUCUCCAAUCCCAGAAACAUGGCAUUUGGCUGUGGGCAUCAGACGUGUGUUGAUUGUGGACCUCGGCUUAGCUUCUGCCCCAUUUGCCGGAGCUCAAUCCAGACCAGAAUAAAGCUCUACUGAAGCAUAGAUUCGUACUGUAUGUGACUGUAAAAUAGUUCGUCUUCUGGGUGUAUAAAUUUGUCCAAGCGCAUGUAGCUGAAGACAGAUUACAUGUCUGUGCAAACAAGUUGAUUGGAGUCCGUUUUGGUAUCAGAA